AUGCACCAACCUGUCAUAUUUUUAACUCAUCUCGUGGCGACCUACACGCUUACGUUUAUGGCGUUCUCUUCUCUCAUUGUCUGCUUGGCUCGCGAUCCUGGUCCUGCAAACGCACCCCCGUCACGCGUGAAAAAUGCCAAUGGAGAAGAAGCUGAAAUGAGCUUAACAGAAGCCUUAAUGCCUGAUAGAGACUUCUCUGCCCCUGAUAAAUGGUGUCGAAAGUGUUGGGCUCCUAAAGCAGAAAGAACGCAUCAUUGUUCCAUAUGCAACAGAUGCGUUUUGAAAAUGGACCACCAUUGUCCUUGGAUCGGCGCCAAAUGCAUCGGACAUCGAACCUACCCUGCUUUUGUCCACUUUUUGCUAUCUGUUACACUCCUAUCCAUGUAUAUAUCAUCAGUAUCCUUUAGAGCGCUUUGGUUUGCAUUUCAUCAUCCGUUUGUUGUUCAUGAAUUUACCCCCGUGCACGAACUUGGAUUGGCGUUUGCAGGGGCUGUGUUUACCCUGGUAGUCGGGUCUUUCGCUGCCUACCAUAUCUACCUUAUCUUCACUAAUCAAACAACUGUUGAAAACAUUGCACCCUUUAUGCUCCUUCGGCAUCUUCCACCCCUUCCCCGUACUGGACAUUCCCUUUCUGAUCCUCCUUUAGAACCCGAAUUAUCUUCGGUGCAAAGGAGGAUUGUUAAAGAUGCUCAUGGUCAAAUUCUCAUAUAUGAUCUUGGCUGGAAAAAAAACUUCGCGCAAGUAUUUGGAUGGAACCGGAAAUAUGGUUGGCUAUUCCGCCUCUGGUGUGGGGGUGCAUCACCAGGUGAUGGGAAACACUUCCCGAGGAACCCUCGGGCAGAUGAAAUGUUAGCAAAGCUGGCACAUGAGCUAGUAAAAGCUGAUCUGAACACCUGA